AAUACUACAAUGUUUCAGAUAUUUAUAUUGAAGAAGCUAUGUCGUACAGGGAACGGGCAUUAAAUUGUUGGAAACUCUGUGCUUCUCUAGUUGAACGCGUUGAUGGUGAAACGCAGGUUUUGGAAAAAGAAUUAGAACGAUUUGUAGAUGAAUGGAAUCUUCCAUUUGACGUUUCUAACGCGAUAUUACUAACACGCGGUGAUAUUGCUUUGUCGCAUGGACAAUUGAGAGAGGCGAACGCAUUCUAUCAUGAAAUAUGUUCUCGAAGUUCAGGUGCCUGGAACAAACAUCGCAAAAAGGAAAAAUAUC